CCCCAGGCUGGCCAGCUGGGGCCACGUGACUGUCUGAACACGUGACCGCUCGGCGCACCUCCCCGCCCCCUCGCCGCUCCGCAGGUUACCGCCUCCGGUCCUCUAGGGCUUCCGCUCGCGUAGCCGGAAGGCCCUUGCAACGCACGCUCUGCCCCUGUCCGGGCCACCAAAUAAAGUUUGUGAGUUCAAAAGCUCUUUAAAAAGAAAAAAAAAAAAGAAGGAAAAAAAAAAAAAAAAGCUGCAACGCUUCCUUUCUGGAACCGCGGCCGUUGAACUCCGAGCGACGCCAGUGAGUGGCGUGUGGCGCCAGAGUGAUGGCCGAGUCCCCGGCGUUUCUCUCCGCUCAGGACGAGGGGUCCUUUGCAUAUCUUACCAUUAAGGACAGAACACCGAAGAUCUUAACCAAGGUUAUUGACACAUUGCAUCGACAUAAAAGUGAAUUUUUUGAAAAACACGGAGAGGAAGGCAUUGAAGCUGAAAAGAAAGCCAUCUCUCUUCUUUCUAAGUUACGGAAUGAACUGCAGACAGAUAAACCAAUUAUCCCCUUGGUGGACACGUGUGUUGACACCGACACAUGGAAUCAGUACCUGGAGUGUCAGCGGAGCCUUUUAAAUGAAGGCGACGGGGAGCCACGCUGGUUCUCCUCACCCUGGUUGUUUGUAGAGUGCUACAUGUAUCGCAGAAUUCAUGAAGCCAUCAUUCAAAGUCCUCCAAUCCAUGACUUCGACGUGUUUAAGGAAAGCAAAGAGGAGAACUUCUUUGAGUCACAGGACACCAUCGAUGCCCUGUGUACACACUUGCUGCAGCUGAAACCCGUCAAAGACCUCGGGGAAAACCAGAUUCAGGACGAGUUCAUUAAACUCCUGCAGAUUUCCCUCUGGGGAAAUAAGUGUGAUCUGUCUCUCUCAGGUGGAGAAAGUAGUUCUCAGAAGACCAAUGUAAUAAAUUGUUUGCAAGACCUAAAACCAUUUAUUUUGAUAAAUGACACAGACUCUCUGUGGGCCUUGCUCAGUAAGUUAAAGAAAACCGUGGAAAAGCCUGUAGUUAGAGUGGACAUCGUUCUGGAUAACUCUGGAUUUGAACUGAUUACAGACUUAGUGUUUGCGGAUUUUCUGAUAUCCUCUGAGUUAGCUACUGAGAUUCAUUUUCACGGGAAAACUAUCCCGUGGUUUGUGUCUGACGUUACUGUGCGGGACUUUAAUUGGAUAGUCGAGCGUAUGAGGAGUAGUAAUCUAGAGUCCAUGUCCACCUGUGGGGCCAACUGGGAGACCUAUGUUAGGAUGGGGAGGUGGGUUUACCACGACCAUGCAUUUUGGACUCUGCCUCAUCCAUAUUGUGCAAUGGCCCAGGUCGCCCCUGACUUGUAUGCUGAACUGCAAAAGGCAUGUCUUGUUUUAUUCAAGGGAGAUUUGAAUUAUAGGAAGCUGAUGGGUGACAGAAAAUGGAAGUUCACCUUUCCAUUCCAUCAGGCUCUGAGCGGCUUUCACCCUGCACCUCUCUGUAGCAUAAGAACAUUAAAGUGUGAGCUUCAGGUUGGUCUGCAGCCUGGGCAAGCUGAGCAGCUCACGGCCUCUGAUCCCCACUGGCUGACCACUGGCAGGUAUGGAAUAUUUCAGUUUGAUGGUCCACUUUGACUUCACUCAGGAGUUCCCGGUUGCAGAGAACAUUCUGAGAAUCUCCCUUCAGCCUCAGAUAAACAGUGCAUGGAAUUAGGCCUGGCUUCUUAGCGGUGUGGGAAGCCCCUUCUCUCAGCUCCUUGCUAUCUUAUGUACUAUAUACAUGAGGCUUCCAUGAAAUGGUUUCCCCCACUGCAUUGUUUUGGGUUUUAAGCCAGUUACACUUCUGUUGGAAUAUUAGUCACUAUUCCAAGUUAAAUGCAAAACUUUCAAGUGGUUUUAAUGAACUAAUUUUUAAUUUCAAAGAAUGCAAAAAAUAUGUGAUUUUGCUUUAGAAAUUAAUUUAAAUGUUAGUUAAUCCUGUUUUCUUCAACUGAAUGAUUAUUUAAUACCUAAGAAACUUAAGUAUUAUUUAGCUUAGUUUUGGCUCUUGAUAGUGGCCAAGUGAACACAUGCCUUGUAAGAGCUCUCCCAGGAGGCAUGUACAUGAUGCUUGAACACAGAGACAGAAUUACCUCAGACCUGAAUUAGAGCCUGCUUUCUUGCACGCUUAAGUUUUCAAAGCCCAUUUUCUUCCAUAGAGUUAUAUUUUGCGUGGCCUGUGGAAUGGGGCAAAGCACAAACUGAGCAUCAUAAACACGGUGACUGAUGAAGUACGAGUGCAGUUAUUUCCAUUGUCCCUAGGAUUGCCCUGCUGACGUCACCACCGCAGUGACGUCCAGGUGAACACAGUAUUGGUUUGCAGCAGCAGACUGUUGAAUGGAGACAACUGUUCUGUUGUUUUUACAUACUGCCAGGCUGAGCUCAGUCUAUAUCACAUGCUGUGUUGUUCCUCACCUCAGACAUCUCAGAGCCUGUACAUUCAUGUUACUUUGUUUCAAAACUAAUUGGAAAUAAAGUUGGAAAUGCUUUCUUGUACUGGAAUAAUAAAAUGAAUUUUACAGAGAGA